GCCAAAGGCAGCGGCUUAACCCACUGAGCCACCCAGGGGCCCCUGUUGGGUGUGUUACUUUAAAACCAUAGACGAGGCUCCCCUUGCCCAGGGAAGGACCGGGUGUGACCAGAAGGUUGGCGUGCCGACAGGUCACUCGUGUGGCUGGCCCUUUAUCAGGUCACUGGCUGGCUGGCUUGUGAUGUCACCCCCCAAGUAACUGGAGCCCCUUUGUGAUGUCCCCGGGCCGCCCUGUUAUCAAGGGGUGCAGCCGGCCAGGCCGCACUCGCAGGUCUACAGGAAGGAGGGACGCGCCGGAGCGGAGUAUGGCCAGCAAGGAGAAGCGGGGCCCGCCGGGCCCGGCGCAGGGCUUGGGGCCGCCGCCCUCCCCUCCAGAAGAGGGGGCUCCUGCCGCCGUGGGCCCGGAGAGCAGCGCUCCUCCAGCACAGCCUCCCCUCACCCUGGCGCAGCCGGUGUCCCCUGGCGACCCUGGCUUCAGGCUGCUGCUGGAGGAAAACGCUUUCCAGGCCUUGACCCAAGAGCCUCUGCUCAAAAGGCCGCGCACCUCCCAGGACGCCCUGUCGGUGGGAGAAGGCAGUCUCCUCUGCCUGCCCUUUCCCAAGAAGCUGUGGGCCAUCGUCAACAGCACCCAGUUUGCGUCCAUUUGGUGGGCCAAGGAUGGCACCUGCAUAGGCAUCAACGAGAAGCUGUUUCAGAAGGAGGUUUUGGAGAGGGAGGGUCCGGACAAAGUGUUCGAAACAGACUGUAUGAAGAGUUUCGUCCGCCAGCUCAACCUGUAUGGAUUCAGCAAACUGCGCCGGGACGUCCACACAUCCAUCUGCCUUACCAGCUUUCUCACCGGAGGGGCCCCUGUUCAUGUCCUGAGCAAGGUAACGGGGGCCGAGCCGCCAGGCUCUGGCGUGCUGGGGUCGGGGGCGGACGAUGGGACAGCGAGCACGCGGCUUCCUGCCCGGACCGGGACCUGCCCCCAGGAGGCCUCGGGGCCUAGGACUACCUCGGACCGCACUUGCCCCGACCCGGCUGCCGCUUGCGAUCAACUCUGUUGUGACACGGACUCUCUCGUCCUCUUUCCAUUUUCCCCGCAGUUACAGUUCUACAGGAGCCCCUUCUUCAAGAGAGACUGUCCUCACCUGCUCCUGAGGAUGAAGAGGAGAGUGGCCGUGAAAUCCACAGUAAGGCAGAUGGAAAGCAAGCCCGAGCCCGACACCCUGGGCGUCCCCCCGGCGGCACCGACACCCGGCCUGCGGCACGAGGGAGUCCUGUCCUCUGCCGGGGACCCGCCGGAGCCAGAGAGCAGCCCACAGGGCGGCGGCCCCACCAUCCAGGGCAGGAGCGGGUCGGCCCCUCCUGCCACUGCCGGCGCGGCGGCCAGGACCACCGUGGCCGACACCCGCGCCGCGGCAGGCCAGCCCGUGCACGGCCAGCCCCAGGGUGCCCAGGCGCCCAUCUGCCUGGCGCCGGCCGUGGCCCAGCCCGCGACCUUCCCCUGGGUCUGUGUCACCCUGCCUCCCGCGCAGAUACACCCUUACGCGUCGGGGCUGGGCCUCGCCCCCGGGCCCCCCGUGCUCCUCCCCGGGCCCACCGUGCAGCUCCCCGUGGCUGGGCUGCUGCCGCUCUACCACCCCUGGGGGCCCGGCGUGGCCGCUCUGCCUGGUGUGGCUGCCGGACCCGUCACCCCCGUGACCCUGACCCCUCACCCCCCGAGCCCCUUCCACUGCUGUCCCAACUGCCGCUGUUUCCCCGAGUACCUGCCACCGACCGCUCGGCCCCCCGAUGGCCCCCGCUAGGCACAUCACCGCAGCCAGGGCCGUCUGGUUGUCGGAAAUCAGGCAGGUUAAUAAAAUGUGUCAGAGAGGGAGCCCCUUGUUGAUGAACCCCAGUGCCCUCGGCCUCUGCGAUGUUUCUUUCUUAGCGGCGGGCUAGGCCUCAGCUUUCUGCUUGCGCCGUC